AUGGGCAGACUAACGCAGCGGGGCCCGGACAUUGGCCGAGGGCGCUCGUCACGGGCCAGGGGCCCGGGGGACGCCAGGGAAAGGAACACCACCGGAUCGGGCCCGGAUCAGCACCGGAUCAAGCCAGGAUCAGGCCCGGAUCAGGACCAGACCAGGACCGGAUCAAGACAGGAUCAGGACCGGAUCAGGCUUUACCAGGACAGGAUCAGGACCGGAUCAGGACCGGACCAAGACAGGAUCAGGCCCGGAUCAGGACCGGAUCAGGCUUUACCAGGACAGGAUCAGGUCCGGAUCAGGUCCGGAUCAGACCCGGACCAGGACCGGAUCAAGACCGGAUCAGGAGCAGACCAAGACAGGAUCAGACCCGGACCAGGCCAGAAUCAGGCCCGGACCAGGACCGGAUCAAGACAAGAUCAGACCCGGACCAGGACCGGAUCAGGACCAGACCAAGACAGGAUCAGGCCCGGACCAGGCUUUACCAGGACCGGAUCAGGACCAGGACCGGACCAAAACCGGAUCAGGACCGGACCAGGACCAGAGCCGGAUCAGGACCAGUUCAGGCCCAGACGAAGCCCAGAUCAGGACCGGACGAAGCCCAGCCCAGGCCCGGAUCAGAACCAGACGAAGCCCAGACCAGGCCCAGAUCAGGACCAGAGGAGGCCUGGGCGAAGCCCAGACCAGGCCCGGGUCAGGACCGGACGAAGCCCAGACCAGGCUCGGAUUGGACGAAGCCCGGAUCAGGACCGGACGAAGCCCAAACCAGGCCCGGAUCAGAACCAGACGAAGCCCAGACCAGGCCCGGAUCAGGACCGGACGAGGCCCGGGCGAAGCCCAGACCAGGCCCGGAUCAGGACCGGACGAAGCCCAGACCAGGCCCAGAUCAGGACCGGACGAGGCCCGGGCGAAGCCCAGACCAGGCCCGGAUCAGGACCGGACAAAGUCCAGACCAGGCCCGGAUCAGGACCGGACGAAGCCCAGACCAGGCCCGGACAAGUCCCGAACCAGGACUAG